UCCGAGGAAGAGGUCGCUGCUGCGCAGCUGUGGCUGCUCAAGGAUUACGUCGACGCCCAUGCGGACGAGUUGUACCGAGAGUGGCGGCCAACGUGCUUCGAAGCCAGACUAGCAUAAUGCCGUAGUGCUGCCCGUAGUCCAGCUUUCCAAGGAUUGGAACUUGCCAACGUGCAAGUGUAUGUACUUCGCCGAUUGCGAUACUAUUUUAUAAGCUGGUCGUGUGGGCGGAGCUGAUAAGACUGAUGAACACCAUUCGUGACGGGGUGAAUGGAUACAAGGUUCAGGCGCGCCGUUUCCACAGCUGAGCGAGUUGCAUCGCAAAUCCAUAGGGGCGAAGGAUCGGUACGAGACUGAGAAGCAGAUGUGGCCAACGAAUCGGUCUGGCGUGCUUGAGUGCGAGAAAGUUGCGCAAGAUGCGUUCAGUUUUGCUGUGAGCACCCACCUUGCAACCUGCAACGACUCAAGCAACAUCCUCCGCCCACCGUCACAGCAACAAUACCUCAAAGACCUCAUACCUCUAAACUCGGAACCCGUGGCGCCUCCUGCGCCAGGUACAGCCUGCGGCAUCUGUUUGGAGUCCUUUGCAGAUGUCGCUUCAAACUGUUGCAUGCAUCCAAGAUGCAGGGGCAAAGCCAUUGUGAGCUUACAGCCAUGCCGCCACUUUUUCCAUUACUGCUGCAUUGCCCGAUGGCACCACUCUGCCCGCCCCGAGCGCAACACUUGCCCGAACUGUCGACGCGAACUCUUCAUUGCCGAUUCUCUCAAAGCUGAACAGAUUCGACAAUUGACCGGCGAUGCUCAGUUCCAGAGCCGCGAAGAAGCUGUUGCACAACUGCAGCCGAACGAGGUCUUGGUGCCUUGGGAGGCCGUUGCCAUGAGAGCGUACGCAGAAGAAGGCGUUGACAGGGUGAUCGAAUGGGUCCGUAAAUCUCGUCGCCGACGUCUCUGGGGUCACCCUUGGAUCCGUCUUUGCACGGCUAUUCGCGACACUGUCCUUGCCCGUGGUGGGUCGUUGCGCUCGAUCUUCGAGCCCCACAAGGAUACAUUCAUUCUCCUUUACCACGCUUUCGUGGUGCUGUUCCAAAUCGCCCGACAUCCAAUCGCCAUGCGAAAACCCGCUUUUAGAAGAUUCCUUCGUUGGGUCGAAGACUUGUUAGAAGCACUUGGUCGAGGACAAUUCGAUAUGCUUUGCGAUGAGGUACAUCACAACGGCUUGUUUGAGACUGAUGGCUAUAUCAUGGCCGUUGUAAACAACACGUACCUCCAGAGACAGGACGAACUUGGGGGACGGAUCGACACUAUCGUGGCUGAGAUGGAGACUUUGGAAAGAUCGCAACUGUGGAACAAAAUCGUUCGAAGUCUUGCGCGAACUGGCCUGCCAAGUGA